AUGUUCCCUUUGCUCUUUGGGGCUGGACUGGUGGUUCUGAACCUAGUGAGCUCUGCUAGGAGCCAGAAGACAGAACCCCUUAGUGGCACUGGGGACCAGCCCCUCUUCCGUGGAGCAGAUCGACACGACUUUGCCAUUGUGAUCCCUCCAGGAGGCACAGAAUGCUUCUGGCAAUUUGCCCACCAGACUGGCUACUUCUAUUUCAGUUAUGAGGUUCAGCGGACUCUAGGAAUGUCACAUGACUGGCAUGUUGCUGCCACUGCACAUACCCCACAGGGUUUCCUUAUAGAGACCUCUAAGCAUGUUCGGGGCCAGAUUAACUUCUCUACCCACGAGACAGGUUUUUAUCAGCUUUGUCUAGCAAACCAGCAAAAUCGCUUUGGUUCCGUGCAAGUAUACCUCAAUUUUGGAGUCUUCUAUGAGGGGCCUGAGAUGGACCACAAAGAGAAUGAAAGAAAACAACUGAAUGAUACUCUGGAUGCAAUUGAGGAGAGCACACGAAAGGUGCAUUACAAUAUCUUUCACAUGUGGCGACACUACAACUUCGCACGCAUGAGAAAAACAGCUGACUUUUUCCUUCUCCAAUCAAACUAUAACUACGUGAACUGGUGGUCAACAGCCCAGAGCCUUGUCAUUGUUCUUUCUGGGAUCCUGCAGCUGUAUUUCUUGAAGCGUCUCUUCAAUAUCCCAACGACUACAGAAACACAGAGGCCAAGAUGCUAA